GACGCAGGGCACGCCCACCUCUCUCCAGGCGUCCUAGCCCAAGGCAACCGCUGCAAUAGCGGGAGUUUUGAGGCGGCUGAUAACGCGCGAAUCGCUUCGGCACCAUUGAUAGUCUCGGCGCGCUGCGGUUUGGGUAAAAUGGGGAGAAGGGGAGCGAACCGGGAUAACAGUGACAUUGUGAAGAUUGCAAAUGAAAGCUGUCAAGAUCCCAUAAUGGAGAUACAACUAGACUGUGAACUUGAAAGUGAUGACUGUAACUCCAGGGGAGAUCAAUCAAAUAGCAUUUCUGAUUGGGUGAGUCAUGAAGCCGGUCCUCAGCUCAAGGUAAAGGAGGACAAUCUGACAUCUUUCUAUCUAAACAGAAGUCCUGAUACACUUUCCUGUCAUGUGGAUUUCUCUGCAAAAGUACUGUGUGGACAACAGGAAAUAUCUUCAAAAGGAUUUCCCAAAACUUCAACUUAUUGGCGACAGCAAAAUCCAUGUACACCUGGGGUGUAUGUUCCUGCUAGAAUAAUUUACAAUCCAGCUUCUCAAGAUAAAGAUCUGGAAUAUCCUUGUUUUGAAAUUUCUAAGGAUCUUCAUGGACAAAGAGCAGAAGAGGAGAAUUUUAUUAUUCUUGUUGACUCGAAUGAGGAUGAAAAUAUAUCACCUCAGUCGGGGAAAACUUUGCCUUGCCGUUACCAGAAAUAUAAAUCUUUCCAAAAUCUCACUAUGCUUCAAGAACAUAGGAAGCUACACAUGGCUAGGAAUUCAUAUCACUGCCCCCUUUGUGGCAAGGAGUUUUUUCGUGCAGCUAAUUUGCGAAUGCACAAAUUGACCCAUACUAAAGAGAGACCACACAAAUGUCCAAUAUGUAACAAGGGUUUCAUUCGUACUGCUGAUGUUUGGAGACAUCUCCGCAGUUUUCACAAGAUAGAGCGCUCCAGUGUUGUUUUGGGAAAUGCAAACAUGAGGAAUCAAUGGUGCACAAUGAAGAAAAAUCAGGAUAAUAAAGGGAAUCUGAAACAGUUGGGAUCUGCUGCCAGCAGUCUUGGAAAAGAAAGUUCAAAGCCAUGUGUCUGCCCAGUAUGUCACAAAGCUUUCCGCAAACCUAACUUGCUUUCCAAACACAAAGUGAUACAUCGACAGGAAAAGCCAUACAAAUGCAAAGAAUGUGGCAUGGCCUUUGUCCAAUUGGCUAGAUUAAAAAGGCAUAAUCUGACCCAUACUGGAGAGCGUCCAUUCUCCUGUGAAAGAUGUAACAGCACAUUUACACGUUUAGGUUCAUUACAGCGUCAUCAACGUAUCCAUACUGGAGAGAAGCCUUAUUCUUGUUCCUACUGCUGUGUGUCCUUUACAGACUUGGGAACUCUAAAGGGGCAUGAACAGAUUCAUAAAGUCAUCCAAAUAUAAUGUGAUGCCUCUGACAUUAGACUUUAUUUUAUGCUAUAUUAGCGAUCCAUUCCCAUUCUAGCUGUACAAAGAAUCCCUGCCUUUUCUACAUACUGCAUGAUACACCAAUCUAAUUGCAAGCCAUAAUUGGCCCAUAUGCAGAACUUUCUGGAAGCCCCAGAGUUGUUUGAAAAGUUGCCAUUAAAAUGUAUUUGAAAUAGGAUGAGACAAAAAAUAUUAAAUGUAUUAGGAAUAAUCCACCCAA